AUGGCUACAUCUCACUUCUCCAACGAAGAUCUCAAGAUCACCAAGCUCUUCGAUCUGACAAAGGUCACCGCGGUCCUCACCGGCGGCGGCACCGGGAUUGGACUGAUGAUAGCUCAAGCAUUGCAAACUGCUGGUGCCAAGGUCUACAUCAUCGGUCGUCGCGAAGAAGCACUGGAGAACGUCGUCAAGGAGUACAGCACUGGCCCCGGUCAGAUCAUUCCCUUGCAGGGCGAUGUCUCGAAAAAGGACGAGUGCAUCCGCCUGGCUAAGGAGGUCGGCGAGAAGGAGCCCAAAGGUAUCACCGCGCUCAUCAACAACGCCGGUAUCGCUCGAGACAGCAACACGUCAUUCAGCAAGAACGGUCAGCCAGAUAUGAAGGACGCCGAGGCCAUCUCAAAGCAUCUCCUGCGAUCCGAACCAGAAAAUUGGGCAGAGACCUUCGAGACCAACGUCACAGCCCAGUUCUUCAUGUCGGCCGCUUUCAUCCCACUCCUCGCCCAAGGAACAGCGAAUAGCGCGUACACAAUGUCCAGCUCCAUCGUCAACAUCUCCUCAAUCAGCGGCCUUAUGAAGGGCUCCAGCAACGGCCAAUUCGCGUAUGCAUCAAGCAAGGCGGCGUUCAUCCAUUUGACGCGGCAACUGGCAACCACAUUGAAGGACGCUGGCAUCAGAGUGAACCAGAUCGCGCCUGGCAUCUUUCCUAGCGAAAUGACGACUCAAGAAUCAGACGAUAAGCAGAAGAGCGAGUUGAGUAGCAAGAUCGGGAAUCCAGCAGGUCGUGGUGGCGCAGACUCAGACAUGGCGAGCUCAAUAUUGUUCUUGGUCAGCCCGGCUGGGCUCUUCUACAACAACCAGCUGUUGCAUCCGGAUGGUGGUCAGAUCCUUGCUGUUCCCGCAGCAAUGUAA